AUGGGUGACGGGCCUUUUGUUGCUAAGCCGGCUCGGGGGUGGCUCCAUCCCGAUUCGUUGUUAGCUAGUGAUGGGAUAACUUAUGCAGUAAGGUAUAUUGGUUGCAUGGAGAUUCUAACAUCAAUGAAAAAAUUAGAUUUCGAGACAAGAUCACAAGUAGCAAAAGAAUGCAUUGCAAGAGUGUGUUCAGCAGCAGGUCUCAGAUCAGCUGAUAAAAAACGUCGAGUCUGCCAAGCCGCGGCUAAUGCUUUAGCGGCAAGGCCUAGAAUGUCACACUCUGGUUCAAAUGUUGCCCUCACAGUAUCAUCGAGAGCUAUCACUGUAGCUGUGUUGGAGGGCGGUGAAACCAUUGCUCGUCAUGAUAUGCCCCGUGUUUCAUUUGCUUCUGGGGGUGACCAGGAUUCGUUAGACUUCGUGGCGUACGUGGCAAAGUCGGCUCCCCCGACAGAGUGGCGCGCGUGCUAUGUACUCGAGUGCGGCGGACGCCUCGCGCAAGACGUCAUCGCGACCAUCGGGCAGGCUUUCGAACUGCGCUUUAAAGAAUUCCUUACAAAACCCACCUCGUUGAACGUGAACGGGUCGCGGCCGCUGGCGGGCGGCGCGGGUGCGGCGCGCGCGGCGGGCGGCGGCGCGGCCGAGGAGCGCGAGUACUACAACGACAUGCCCGACAAGAUCCCGCCGCCCGAGCCGACCGCGCACCGCCACCCGCCCCCGCCGCCCCUCGCCAACCUCCCGCCUAUCUCCUCGUGUGAGGAGAGCGUGCGGCACUACGUGAAUCAGACCCCACCCCCGCGAACGCCCCCCACUGCGCUGUUGCCAAACCAUAACACAGACAUAUUUGAUAUGCAACCAUUUACAGCAGCCCCAGUGUCAUCAGCCACCUCAACUUCCCCUGCUACGUCGUCCUCACCAGCAGAGGACUUGCCCCCCACGCUUUCCCCUGCUACACAAUCAGCCCUACUAGCCAGAGAGCCAUGGUACCAUGGGCCGAUAUCCAGGACUGCAGCAGAGAGGUUAGUGGUGGAAGAUGGCGAGUUCCUGGUGCGGCAGUCGACAGCGUGCCCCGGACAGUUCGUACUCACGGGAGCGCGGCGCGGUGCGCACAAGCACCUUCUGCUGGUCGACCCCAACGGAGUCGUGCGGACGAAGGACCGCGUGUUCGAGAGCGUGCCGCACCUCAUCAAGUACCACUGCAGCAACGAGCUGCCCAUCGUGUCGGCGGACUCCGCGCUGCUGCUGCGCCGGCCCGUGCCGCGCUCCUGA